GGAGUAAAAGGCGGAGAUGAUUCACGUCCUUGUUCGAUAACUAACUUUAUGCAUUCUGAAAGACUUCACUGUUGGCAUUAUUGUUAUUCUAAGAAAACUCUCCUAAUCUUAAUGAGAUGACAAAUGACAGAAACAUACAGAUGGGAUAGGUUUGGCUUUGAAUAGGAAAUAAUACAAGCUUCUAAUGUAUGAUGAGAUCCAAUUUCUUUGAGAUGAUGAGGACCACCAUUGGAUACUUAUGAUGUCUAUUUAAAAACAUAGAGCUUGGUAUCUGAGUUUUAGAAAGAGCAAUGGACCAUUUACUAUGAAUUUUGAAGCAUACGACAUAGUAUAUUACUCUGCCUUGCUGGCUAGUUUGGCACAUCUUACUUCAAGAAACAUGUGUGUGUGUAGGUGUGUAUGUGUUUAUCACCACCACACAUAUAUAUAAAAGAUGCAGGUGUGGGUCGAAUAUGAGGGUGAAAAAGUAGUAGUGGUUGAAGAGUUUCAUAAGAGAUGGGUGGUGUUGCAUGGACAGAAGAAGAAGAUCACUUGCUUAAGAAAUGCAUACAACAAUAUGGUGAAGGAAAGUGGCAUAGGGUUCCACUAUUGGCUGGUCUAAACAGAUGCAGAAAGAGUUGUAGGCUAAGAUGGUUGAACUAUCUACGUCCUAACAUAAAGAGAGGAAAUUUUGCUGAGGAGGAAGUGGAAAUGAUUGUCAAACUCCACAAAUUAUUAGGCAACAGGUGGUCCCUGAUUGCAGGAAGGCUACCAGGAAGGACAGCAAAUGACGUGAAAAACUAUUGGAACUGUCAUCUAAGCAAAAAACUAAAUGCUCUAGAAGCUGAUCAAGAUAGGUCACAAUCAUCCAAAGAUGUUCAAAUCAUUAGGCCACAGGCAAGAAACAUUGGUUCAAGCUCAGUGAAGAGAAGGAGCCAAGGAGAGUCACCAACUGACCAAGUUCUAGUUCAACAAGAGAGUGACAUGACAACAUUUGAUGCUGAUGGAAAGAAUCAUAUGCUUGAAUCACAACAAGACAUGAUGGUGUAUUCAUGCUUGGACCAACAAGGUAUGGUUGGUGAGUUUCCAAUGGAUUUUCAAUUAGAAGGAUUUGAAGCUAUGGUAAGUGGAGGAGAGGGUAGUAGUAGCCAAUGGAAUUGGGAGGAUUUGCUCUUAGAUAUGGAUCUAUAUAAUGGUUUUUCUUAGAUUAUUGUUCCUUAUUGCCAAUAGGGAAGACAAUGUAGUCUCUAUACAUUGGUUGUGUGUCAAUUUCAAAGUUAAAUUUUAUCCAAGGAAAUGGUGGCUUAAUCGAUGUAUUUUGUAAAUCGAAGUAGUUGUUGUUUAAAUAAACCAAUAAAAUCGGUCUUGUGAGACAGAGUUAGCCCUAAAACUGGUUAGUAAUAUGGAAAUAGUUUUGUAGUUUUUU